GUCAAUUGUUGUUGUUCACGUGCGAGUGAAAACAAAACAAUCAAAAUUUAGUUUUCAAGGUUUCCAAUAAUUAGACAUUUACAAAUUAAUCAAAAUUACGAAUAUACUUCAUAAAGUGAUAGAAAAGUAACAUGUUUUAUUCAAUUCGGAAAAUUAAUUAAAAUACCUUUACCUGCCAGUGACAAGUGUUCUAACCCCUUUUUUGUGCAAAAAUACAAUAGAAUGUAAAUUCUCCAAUAAAAAUUUAACGAAAGAAACAAUUAAAAUAAAUAAUCCACUGACAAUAGUCAAUAGUGUCAUAAAUUGUCAUGAAACUAUAGCGAAAUAUUAAAUAACAAAAUAACGAAAAUAAUAAAUUGAGGUUAUGUCAUCAGUGUUGAUAAUGGAAGAAAUUUCAAGAAGAGCGGCAAGAAUUUAUCAAAUUCAAAAUAUUUUUCUCAUUCAACAUCGUCAUUUAAUUUCAAAAAAAAUAUUUGAAGAAAAAAAAGCACUAACGGGUCGACCAGGUGCAAAAAAAUUCGAGAGAGAUAAAAAAGCACUAUUCGGUCCUCUAGUGGAGACUUUACCUGAAAAAAGAAAACGAAUCAAUUCACUAAAAGAAAUUCAAAGCCAAGAAACUUCUUUUGAUGAUAAAAUUGAGGGAAAUGUGAGAAAUAAAGGUAGAUCUUAUAAAAAUCAUGAAAUGGAUUUUCUCAUUAAAAGUGUUAAUAAGAAAAAUUUAAGCAUCGUACCAAGUUCUACAAAUUCUGGUCAACAACAAUUAAAGAAUAAAGACUUGAUAUACAAUCUCAUAAAUAAACCUGAAAAUCGAGGAUUCAGUUAUACUCUCCAAACGAAUGAAAUAUCACCAAAAGAUGUAAAUUCAAAAAAAAUAACUCUAUCAGAAGGGGAAAAUUCUAAAAAUGAAAUUUAUACACAAGAGACAAAAUUAGAAACAAAUGAUGACAAUAGUGAAACAAAAGUAAAUUUAAAUGCAACCGCACCGUCAGCGAUAAUUAUUCAAAAUAUGCUUUCAUUUUCACUGUAUGACAGUACCAAGUCAGGAAGAAUUGUUCACAAAAAGCUGCCAGUUAAUAAGGGAGUUAUUUCAUUAUCUGCAAAAGCGGACACUUCCAAUAACAAUUUACCGAGUGUGACACGAAUUUUAUCUGCGACAAUGUCAGAGGCUGCAAAAAAUGCUUUAGCAAUUUGGAAAGCAGGGAUGAUAAAAAAACUAGGAGUAGAUGGAUUCAACGAAUAUCAAAAAAAUUUAUUCAAAGACGGUCACGAUCUUCAUAGUUCAAUUGAAAAUGCACUACUUCAAAAAGAAUAUCAAAUCCCGGAAAGAGUUAAGCCUGCCUUUGAAAGUGUACAAAAUGUAUUAAAGGAUAUAAGUUCAGUUACUGCUCUUGAAACUCACGUAGUACAUCCAAAACUUUUUUACCGAGGAAUUACAGAUUGCGUUGCAACUUACAGAGGCGAGCUGUGUUUAAUCGACUGGAAAAAAUCGGAUAAACGAAAGGAUACAAUUGAUUCUGUUUACGAUGCACCGAUGCAAGUUGCAUCUUACAUUGGAGCAAUGAAUGCCGAUUUGAAUUACCCAUUCGAGGUAACAAAAGGUCUCGUCGUUGUUGCCUACACGAAUGGUGAAGAGGCAACAGUUUAUGAAAUAGAUGGAGAGCAUUUGCCAGUUUACUGGAAAGCUUGGCUUAAACGAUUACAAAAAUAUUUUGUAGAAACGUCAAAAAAGUAGAUAAAAGGAAAAAAACAUAAAAUAAAAAAAAAUUUAUAAAAAGGGAGAAAAACUCAUUAAAGAGAAAAUGUACAGAUUAAUGAAAA